AUGAAUCCACCCGAUCAUCCGUCAUCCUUGGAUUCGGAACGAUCAAAAACAACAACAAUGAGUCAUCAUUGUUCUUCUCAUCCUCUUUCGGGUGUUGUCGUAUUGGAUAUGAGUCGACUCUAUCCAGGACCUUUGUGUGCUCAAUUGUUGGCUGAUUUGGGAGCGAAUGUGAUUAAAAUUGAAGAUGAGAAGAGUGGAGGUGAUCCGACGAGACAUUUUCCUCCCACCAUGAAAGAAGAGGAAAAGGAACAAGAAUUGUCAAAGAAUAGUUCUUAUCUGUUUCAUUGUUUUAAUAGAAACAAAAAAUCAAUUUCAUUGGAUUUUAAACGAAAAGAUAUUUCACAAAUUUUGAAAAAAAUUAUAUUGAAAAACGAUUUAAUGGAAGAGAUUGUUCAUUCUGAAAACCAUAUAGUAGUGAGGGUAUUAAUUGAUAGUGCUCGACCUGGAAAAUUAGAACAAUUGUUGGGAAUUCAACAUGUGAGUGAAUUAUGGGAAUGGAAUCCUGCACUUGUAAUUUGUCGAGUUUCUGCAUUUGGACAAGAGGUGAAAAAAUAUGGAGAUAUUCCAGCUCAUGAUAUGAAUACUGUUGGAGCUGCUGGAAUUUUCAACAUUAUGGGAGAUGUUUCCGAAAAGAAUGAAGAAUUGAAACCUCUUCCUAUUCAACUCUCAGAUGUCAUGACUGGUUACAGCGCUGCCUUACAAGUGACUGCUCUCAUUCGAAAAUUGGAAUCCAUUCUUCAAAAUUCAAAUUUCACACACAAUGAAAAAAUUACAUUACUGAAACAAGUGAAUCGACAAAUUGAUGUCUCCAUGUUUGAUAACGCCAUUGCUACGAUUCAAAUGCCACUCACUCUACAACUCAAUGGAUACGAAGAAAUGGCAUCCAAUGGCAAGCAUGUGUUAGCUGGUUCCAUAUUAGGAUAUAACAUUUAUCCAACUAAGGAAGGAUUAUUAUCAGUUGGAUGUUUGGAACCACAUUUUUGGAAAGGUUUUCUCACUGUAUUAUCUCAAUAUGAAAACCCGACUUGCAAUCAUGCAUCUCGACACAAAACGCUUUCUGAAGAAUCAUUCAAUCCACAAAAAGACUCGAAAAAAUCACAACCAACAUCAACAACAACUCUUUUGCCACCUCUCACCAAAUAUUCAUCUCCUCAAUAUUUAUUUUCCAAUGAUGCAACCUUGAAAACACGAAUUACAAAAAUACUCGCCACAAAAACAGCAUUCGAAUGGGAAGAAAUUUUCACACAAUGUGCGAGUUCAGCAAAAUUGCCAAUCACUAAAAUUCGAAGAUUGAAUGAAAUUGAUCGAGAAUUAUUGAGAGAACGAAAUAUGAUUGCGAAUAUGGAUAAGAAGAAACAAUUAAUUGUAAAGAAUGCAUUGGAUUAUUCUUCCUUAUUGAAAACUAGCGAAACGAAUGAAUCUACUUCCCAACGAGGACCUCAAUUAGGAGAACACAACGAUCUAUUCCUCUCCAAGUUGUAA